GGCCUGUUUGCCUUUCCCCCUCUUCCUAUUUAAGGCAACUUCAAAAGCAUCACUUUCCUGUCAGCUCUCACACACCCCAGGGCCUCAGACCCGGGCACUGCUGCCUGCCUGCUUGCCCUCCUUCCUUCCCAGCCAAAGAGGGCUGCUGCAGAACCAGUAGGAGGAAUAUGAAGGGAAAAUCAGCUACCCAGUUGGGUUGUUGCCACGAGACCAAGGCCAAGUUGGGGGGUUCAGGAGACUUCCUGUCCCCCCGCCUGGACUUCCAGCUCUGUCAAGAAAACCAGGUAUUCUCAGCCUGCAGGCCAUUUCCAGACACAAUGGCUGCUCGUGGCUUGUCCUUGUCCAGCUGGAUGUACCCCUUGUCCUUAGCAACAGCCAGAUCUGCCCUGCUGGCCUGCCCCCAGAGCCUGGACCUAUAUCUCUGUGCCUUGCAGUCAGCAUCCUUGGAGGUGGACCCACAGGAUCUCAGAGAGGAUGUCUCAAGCAUGAACCAUCAGCCACCAGGCCAUUGUGAUGACUCCAUGGACAAUGAGAAACUCACAACCAAGGACUCAGCGAACAGGGAAAAGAUGGGAAGCCAUCCAGAAAGAGGCCCCUGUCCAUCCCUCCCUCCUCAAACCAGCUUCUCCUCAGGCCCCAGGCCGAAUAGAAAGAGCCCUAGUCCCUCGGCCUUCUGCCCUUGUCCUCCAGCUCCCAUCUCCAAAGGGCUCCCUUUCCACCUCUACUCUGUCUACCCUGGGUAUCAACUUCUGCCUCCACCUUACCUACUUACCUAUGGGGCCCUAUCUUCUGUCCAAUGUCCCCACCUCUUCAUGCUGCCCCAAGCCACCUCUUACCAGAACAUGGCUGCCUCCAGCUUGCUGAUGACAGCCAAUGAGGCUGGGCCCCAUAGUGUCCAGGAGACCCUGCUUUUCUACCCAAGGGUUUUCCAAGAUUCUGGUCACACUUUGCAUUCCCAGACCUGGAGUCCAUGCUCUACAGCCACCUCAACCUCCUCCCCAGGACAAGCUGGUGUGGCAGCUCCAGCAAAGCAAGCUGUGUCAGGCCCCCGGGCAGGUAUCACAGCCCUGCCCUACCCUCUGAAGAAAGAGAAUGGUAAAAUCCUAUAUGAGUGCAACGUGUGCAGCAAGAGUUUUGGGCAGCUCUCCAACCUCAAGGUCCACCUACGUGUGCACAGCGGAGAGCGUCCAUUCCAGUGUACGCUGUGUCAGAAGAGCUUUACCCAGCUGGCCCACCUGCAGAAGCACCACUUGGUACACACUGGGGAGCGGCCCCACCAAUGUCAGAUGUGCCCCAAGCGCUUCAGCAGCUCCAGCAACCUCAAGACCCAUCUACGCCUGCACUCAGGCACCGGGCCCUUCCAGUGCAGUGUCUGCCCAACCAGCAACUGCAUGCCCCUCAGCCUUGUGGCCUGGCCCACACCCACCUGCCCCUAGCUUUUCUCACCUGCCUUGCCCAGUGGCACCAAGGAUCUUAUGGAAGCACCAUCAGAGAAGCAGUUAUGCUGGAAUGUGGACGAGGUCAAGGUGUCUUUGAUAUCUCAGGGAAAGCAAGAACCAGCCAGCCUGAGC